AUGGCCACCACCGGAUUUUCCAUCGACAAUGACCUCUUAUAUCACGAUCCCUCCACUUGGUCAACACUGCCUUCCUACCCCAUUCCUCUUUCAAAUGACCAAUUCAACUUCCAUGCACCCGAUCCAACACAUACCGAUCGCGCUGUAAUAAGUUGGGACGCUUCUACAUGGACCGAACCUCUGUUUCCCCUCGAUGCCUCGCCUGAUUUCGGACCUCAAUCCUUCCCAGAUGGAGUGACGUUUGACAUCCCUUCCGGGCUCACACCAAGAGAAACCCCGAAUACGUCCAACUUAACCGCACCAUCUACUACCUCGUCCUCAGCGAGUUCAUCACCUAGCGAGUCAUCCAAAGACUCAUCCGGCCGAGCAUCUAAGACAAGGCUCAACACGUUGGCUGCCCGGCGGUAUCGCCAACGUCGUGCUGAUCGUACGCAUGAAUUGGAAGCAGAACUGGAUGCUAUCAAGAAAGAGCGGGAUGCGUUGAAAAUUCGCGUAUCCAAAUUGGAGGGAGAGACCAAUGCCCUGAAAGUCUUUAUCCUCGAUAUUCAAGACGCUCUAGUGUCCGAUGACAACCCGGCCGGUGAUGACGGCACUCUCGACUAUGAGCGCUGCGCCAGACUUCACAAUUACCUGGUCGCAUAUGGCUGGAUGGCCCGCAACGGAAAAGACACGCCCGACCUUGAUGCGCUAGCCAGCGAAAAGUGGUUUUUCCAUGAAGCAAACGAUGUCGAAGCUAUGUAUUCGCGAUCGUCUGGAUGA